CCGGAAAACACCAAAACAUGAAGGAAGAAAUCAGCGCAUUCCCAGAGAAAAUAAGUAAUGUAUUUUGGAGUAAUUCAUCCUUAAUAUCGUCCCGUGAAAGGCAGAAGGGGUUACAGUAUGCAGGAGGGAUACAUUCAGAAUAUUAAAAGUAAAACUGACUUGCGUGGACUCCGGGCUGCCGGGUGCGACUGUAAUUGAGUGUAAAGCUUACCGGUCACAAUCAAAGAAUGAGAAACCCCAUCAACUAAUUCUGAAACACAUUGUGGACCAAUUGUGCUCUUGCACUGUAGGCAUGUACUACCAGAUCGAAAAACCUUUUCCAAGGAUUUGGACAAGGACUAUGCAGCGAUGGAAAAACAGUUGAAGAAUAAAUUAGAUGCCCAGGACUAUUUGUCAGCAACAGCUGAUAUAUGGAGCAGCAAUAACAAGAGUUGCCUGGGAGUGACUGUUCACUGGAUCGAUGAAGGUACCUUACAACGAGAAAAGGCAGCUAUAGCUUGUAGAAGAUUCAGGGGCCAACACACGUAUGAUGCAAUUGCAACAGAGCUGGAGGACAUUUUUUCCCAAUAUGGACUGACCAACAACAAAGUGACUGCAUGUGUGACAGACAAUGGGAGUAAUUUUGUAAAGUCAUUCAAGGAGUUUCAACAGCAGCAAGCACAGUCUGAGUGUGAUGAGGAGGAGAUGGAGGAAGGUGGUGAGGUGACCUUUACAGACCUGCACAGUGUACUCUCCACCACCAAUGAAAAUGCUGAAAACAGUACAUGUGAACUGCCUCCCCACUUUAGAUGUGCAGCCCAUACACUAAAUCUAAUUGCAAACAAUGAGGUAGAUAAAUGGCUGUCAUCUAAUUCAGAAUCCAAGGCUGUGUAUCGUAGUGCUACAGGCAAAUGUUCUGCACUAUGGACGAAGGCCAGCCGCUCUACAAUAGCAUCAGAGUACCUGGAAGAGGUCAGCAGUAAAACGUUGAUUGUUCCUACUGUAACCAGCUGGAACUCAUUCUAUGAGGGUUACCCUCACCUACCGUUUAGGGUUACCCUCACCUACCAUGUUGGGUUACCCUCAUCUGCCAUAUAGGGUUACCCUCACCUACCGUCUAGGGGUUACCCCCCCACCUACCAUGUAGGGUUACCCUUACCUACCGUUUACGGUUACCCUCACCUACCAUGUAGGGUUACCCUCAUCAGCCAUAUAGGGCUGCCCUCGCCUACCAUGUAGGGUUACCCUCAGUGUUCAUGGCUAGGGUUGAGUACCUUGCACCUGCAGAUGGGAGGGGGCUGCUCCUUUUGUCCAGUGUCAGCAGAAAACCACAUUCCAUCCUGAUAUGCAAAUUGUUUGUCUGCCCCUAUAAAAAAAAGCAUGUAUGUAAUGCUCUGGGCUCUUUCUUGCCUUGGCGAGACUGAGACCACGUACAUGAAAUUUUCUGUGAAUCAAACUUACUCAGAGAGACAAGACUGACUAUUUUCUUUUUAUCACAAAGUUUGCCACUACGUCAUAGUCCACGAUUACUCCUGCUUGAUCUCGUCCGUCAAACUGUCCAUCACCACUGCA